GUUUGGAGUUUGAAAUCUUGACUUUUGUUUGAAGGGAAUACCCCUUCGUGCAAGCUUCGUGCAAGUGGAUGAUCUGUAGGUAGGAACUACAGCAGUACAGGAAGUGGCUGCUUCAAAAGAAGUAGGGUCAGUUUUGAAUAUCUUCGGAUCCUGACCUACAAUGUAGCUGGGUAGAUCCUUGUUGAUUCACUUGAUUUUGCAGCAACGAAAUAUGUGCCAGUGUGUUACAAGGACUUCGGGGUAGCUGUGAGCCGUGAGGAAGGAUGGGUGUUAGCACGUUGUUACCGAUACCGACUGGCCCCGGCCGCAGCACCACUCACCAGCAGCUGGCUGACCUGGAGCAGCGCAUCAUAACGCUGGGCGCUAAGAAGGUUGGCCUGUGGUCGGUGCACUGCACAACCUACCACUCUACUUCUCUGCUCACUACCGUACAUGUGAACUACCCGCUGCAUGUACUGCUGAGUAGCGAGGACGAGAGCAGUUCGUACGCGAUAACGGGCAGUGGCGUGUGUCUGUCUGGCGACAGAGACCUGAGCCUGAUUAUUGCACAGCUCAAGACGUUCUACACGAAACGGCUGUCCAUCACGAUAGAGGCUAAAGGCCCGCGGUACCAGCUGGGCGACUUCCUCAUCAAACCGGGCGUGGUGUCGAUGGGACCUAGCGCACACAGCAAUAUCCUUGAGGUUGAAUACAUGCCGUCCUGUGUAGCCACGCAGUGCUGGGGACUACUCAAGCAGAUGCUCCUGCAGAUCAUGGACCACAGCAACGUGGCCGAGAUGCACCGGGACCCGCCCCAGGGGCACACCGACGGCGUCCUGUACACGCGCGCGCACACGAUGAGCCAGUACAUCGGCGUGUUCAGCCGCAUAUGGGGCACCAAGGCAUCCCGGUGAGUUCCUGGGACAGUUGCCGGUGCAGCUACCAUGUUGACUUGGCUGGUGAUGUCCAGCACCUCGCCACAGUCACAGCUUAGUGGACGGAUGUAAACAACAUCUCCCUUCCCGGGCACAUUCUCAAACUAGUCUUGUCGAAUCAAGCAAUUUAGCGCUGCCCGUACCAUAAUCCUUUCGGCAGUCUCCUUCCCUCAUACGUGUACGUCAAACUGCCAAUGGAGAAAACUUGAUCCUAUCUUGCAGGUGCAUACUGAACAUGAAAAUUGAACGUACAUCACGAAAUCUCUAUCCAGCAUAUAACUUUAAAAGACUCAUUGCCGUCCAAUGCGGACCAAAAAACGUUUUAGUAGGGAGCUUUUCCAGUAUCUGUCUUGCGCUACUGCUGUGUCUAUCGAGAAAGCCAUAUUUCUUGUUUAGGCUCCAAUUGGGGGAUGCUUUGAGUACAGGUCUUCGAAACAUUUUAAAGUUUCUUCACUCAGGGCACAUGCCCAGGCAUCAGCUCUAAAGUAUACUAGUAGCUGGAUGUAUGAUUUUGCAUCUCAAGCCUUUCUCAUGCCGUCAUAGUUUUCGGAGCUCGUUUUCUUUUCAGUGCUCCUGCUUUUAACGUGUGCACGUUCCUGCGGCUUUCUUUCCUUUUAAAAACUGUGUUGACUAGUGGUCUGUUCGCCCCCCUCUGACUUGGCAGCACCCUGUUGUUGGUGAUGCUACGAGUAGUGAUUUCUUUUAUCAGGUUAUCUCUGCAGUAUUGCCUUAGCGAAUUUAGAAAUGUUCCACACAUGUAUUCUUGUGAUGCGGCUCGUUCACUUUGCUCAAUUUGAUCUCACGUAAGGAUCAAGGGAGUGGUGCGUUACCACUGGUGAAUGAGCGUACUUGAACAACAAGAUACCCUUCAGAGUUCUCAA